AACUGAUUGCGCUGCAGAUCUUUCUUCGGCAUGUCCAUCAAGGCAGCUAAAACAUGGAGAUAACUUGUUAAAUGAAGGAGUUGACCAGCUUUUUCAAAUAAUAAGUUGUUAAGCAUACAAUCUGAACAGCUCUCUGAUCCUCCAGAGCUUCGAUUCGUGGAGGGGCUUUAAUUCCGGAACCUUGGAACUUUGUCAGGAUCCUUGGCUGAGAGUGAGGAGCCAGGCUCUUCGUGGAUCGAUAGAAUCUGCAGGAUUGUUGUGUACGAUUUUGAUGACAAGAAAGAUAUGGAUCUUAAUAGCAGCGGCUGCAGUGCUUGCGACAGCGCAAGGCGAAGAAGGGCUUCACUUGGGCAGUGGGGCCGUUAGGCACAGCCACGAUAAGUUUCCACCGCUGUUGGACAUGGCGAUCCAUCUAAGGGGUGACAUCAGGAAUAAAAGCUGUGCUCCUUGCAAUCCCAGUCACCCUUUAGGUCCCCAAUGCUGCGGCAUGUGCGGCUUUUGGGAAAAUCUCAGGUACAAAAAUGUGGAGCGACAGCCGUGGGUGGCCCCAUGCAAUGUGAGGGAAGUGGGCAACCUGAUGUCAGACCUCAAAAGCAGGGGCAUGGAUCUGGCAGCAUUUGAGGCAAAGGAGCUGUUUGAGGUCAUCAAGGGACGUACAUUAUGGCUGAUUGGGGAUUCCCAGACAGAGAGAUGGUAUGACUCAGUUGAAUGCUUCCUGGCCGAGUUCCUGGUGGAGGAGGCUCGCGCUGCACCCUUGCAGGACACAUCUUCCAACCUGUGGCUGAUGAACCUCGAUGAGCGGCUGCAGCACCGGGGCAGCUUCUGGGCUCCACCCAAGCCUGCCAUCUGCGCACACUACCAGGACAACACAAGGGUGUGCAACAUCAGGAUAAACAAGGCGGAUGAGCUGGCAUACCCAGCGCUGCGGGUGCUGCACGGCAAAGUGCAGAACCUGCACAGGGACAUUGCCGUGGUCAACGCAGGCCUGCACUAUGGCAUCGGUGGCACCCAGAAGUACACCGAGGACCUGCAGUUCUUCCUGGACUUUGUUGCACAGCAUCAGGAUGACCUCCCGCUGCUGAUAUGGAAGGACACACCCCCACAGCACUUCACAUUUGAGAAGGGUUACUUCUGGUGGGCGGAUGGGUCGAUGAAGGGCACAACGGCAGGAGAGAGGCAUGAGAGGUGCAGGCCACUGUCUGAGGAGGAGCUGGCAAGUGAUGAGAUCAAGGCUGGAGGCUGGUACAACUCUGUGGCCACGCCGUUGAUAUCCGCUGCCGGCAUCCCCAUAUUUGAUGCCUACCAUGAGACGGUGCCCCUGUGGCAGUUCCACAUGUGGGACAAGGACUGCACCCACUUCUGCCACCCUGGCCCCUACGAGCUCUGGACAUUCCUGCUGACAGACAUGCUCCGGAAGAGCGCUGUCCGGGAAUAAGCAGAUUAUGAAACUGUAGAUCUAGAUAGUGUAUUAAUAAUAGGCAGUGAUACCUUUGUUGCUUGCUGCGUUUGCUUUAUCAAUCUUGACGCUUUUUAGAUCUCCACCGUGCAGAUCUCUACCGUGUCAUAAAUGGAAGUACAAACAUCGCUUGGCGCCACAUUUAUGGGAUUUAAUACGGGGUCAGAAGGGGGAGACCGUUGCGAGGGGUUUGUGAAGUGCGCAUAGAUCUGAAUCAUGCAUGUGCAGAUGAGCUUAUUGAUGAUGAGAACGAAGUCAAGCAUUAGCUGAACUAUAGUGCUGGCGCCUUCAAAGGGUUCAGACUG